AUGAGAAAUGAAAAUGAAGUAGUUGAUCUUGAACUUUCUCCGCUAACCGGAGAAGAUAGAAAACAUCAAUACUACCGGAGCAUUUUUGACAAGUACGACAAAAAUCACUCUGGUAUCAUAGAGCUGAAAGAGCUCAAAGAGCUGAUCAUCCAUGACGAUGACAUUCCAGAACAGCUCGUCGAGAAGAUAUACAAAGCUGCCGACCAGAACAAAGAUGGACAGAUUGAUUUCGACGAAUUCUUAUCUAUGAUCACCAGCAAGCAUUACAAAGGACUUUUCCAAAACUACAUGAACAUCUACAUACGAAAUGUUCUUCCACAACGACGUCAAAACGAUUCAGAUAAGGUUGAGAUAGACGGUGUUUAUGAAGAAAGUUACACUUGCUGCCCUCCACCGAUCGCCAUGGUGGUCAUUUCUGCCUUCGAGCUGGCUUGUUACGUCAUGGACGAAGCCACCGAGAAAGAUUCUACGCUCAACAAUUCCGGUGUCACGGCCAAAAUGUUCAUUUACAAUCCUUAUCACAGGGAGGAAUGCUGGCGGUUUUUCACCUACAUGUUCGUUCACAUAGGGUACAUGCACUUGGCGAUGAAUCUUUUCGUCCAGUUGGCGCUAGGUGUCCCCCUAGAGAUGGUGCACCAUUGGUGGAGGGUGUUAAUAGUUUAUUUCGCGGGGGUGAUUGCCGGCUCACUGGGAACUUCGGUGGCAGAUCCAGGAGUGUUCUUGGCCGGAGCCAGCGGGGGCGUUUAUGCCCUUGUCACCGCCCACAUCGCCGCCAUCUUGAUGAACUGGAAGGACAUGUCUUUUCCACACUUCCAACUCCUCUUCUUCAUCAUCCUAUGUACUCUAGACGUCGGAAGCACCAUCUAUAACCGGUACUGGCUAGACACGAACCAAAAUAUAGGGUACACGGCCCAUUUGGCCGGGGCCUUGGCAGGGCUUCUGGUCGGCAUUUGGGUGCUGAGAAACUUCAACGCUACCAAGAGGGAGUCGUAUUUGUGGUGGGGGGCUGUUUUAAUCUACGGGGUGUGCAUGGGAGUGUUGGUUUUGAUGAAUGUCGUUUGGACUGAUCACUUUUUGAAAAUAAGGUGA